GUGGGGAUGGCCUAUCUAAAACACUAGCCUCCAUUAAAUCUGCUAUAAAAGGUUCCUGUCCUGCUGAUUGGGUACUCCAUACACCUCCUAACAGCCACUUGCUCGUCCUGCCUGUACAUUAGCUUGACUCCAAAGAUGCCUCAGCUACUGAGAAACAUUCAUGGAAUCAUUGAAGCCUUUCAGCACUAUGCCAGGACCCAGGGCAGCUGCACAGUGCUCACCCGAGGGGAGCUGAAAAGGUUCCUGGAACACGAGUUUGCUGAUAUCAUUGUGAAACCUCAGGAUCCUGCCACUGUGGAUGAAGUCCUACGCCUGCUGGAUGAGGAUGACACAGGGACUGUGGAAUUCAAGGAAUUCCUGGUCUUGGUGUUCAAAGUUGCUCAAGCCUGUUUCAAGACACUGAGUGAGAGUCCUACAGGGGAUUGUGGAUCUCAAGAGUCUGGAAGUCUCCCCACUGGAGCCUCACAAGAGCUGGGGAAAGAACAGAGCAGGAGAGCUGAGGUGGGACAGGCCAGGGAAGCACAGCCUCGCGAAAGUAGCCAAUAUGGACAGAGCACACAGGCCUCCAGAGGACAGGCAGGGGCUGAGGUUCAAACCCGGGGCCAGGACAGGCAGUCUGAAUCUCAGAAACAAGAGAGGGAGAGCCAGCAGACAGAAGCUGGGAAGCGUGUGCAGCAGACUGAGAGACUAGGAGAAGAUAAGAGUCACCAGAUCAGACAGAGGAGGUCAGAGACACAGUCACAGACCAGGGAACAGGACAGAGCCCAACACACAAGUGGACCAGUGACUGGAGCUGGAACUAGAACUCAGACAGAUGUGACCCAUACAGUGACACAGACAGAGGUGACCCAGGUUAUGGAGCAGGACAGGAGCCAUCAGAUAAGAAGCCCUAGCACCCAAUCACAGGAGUCUACCCAUGGCCAGACCAGAGGGACUGGGGUCCAGGGUCAAGACAGGAGCCAGACAAGCCAGGUAGUGACAGAACAUGUUCAGACACUGGGAGGGGCCACCCAGGCCAUGGAGCAGGACAGGAGCCAUCAGAUAAGAAGCCCUAGCACCCAAUCACAGGAGUCUACCCAUGGCCAGACCAGAGGGACUGGGGUCCAAGGUCAAGACAGGAGCCAGACAAGCCAGGUAGUGACAGAACAUGUUCAGACACUGGGAGGGGCCACCCAGGCCAUGGAGCAGGACAGGAGCCAUCAGAUAAGAAGCCCUAGCACUCAAUCACAGGAGUCUACCCAUGGCCAGACCAGAGGGACUGGGGUCCAGGGUCAAGACAGGAGCCAGACAAGCCAGGUAGUGAUAGAACAUGUUCAGACACUGGGAGGGGCCACCCAGGCCAUGGAGCAGGGCAGGAACUAUCAGAUAAGAAACCCUAGCACCCAAUCACAGGAGUCUACCCAUGGCCAGACCAGAGGGACUGGGGUCCAGGGUCAAGACAGGAGCCAGACAAGCCAGGUAGUGAUAGAACAUGUUCAGACACUGGGAGGGGCCACCCAGGCCAUGGAGCAGGGCAGGAACUAUCAGAUAAGAAGCCCUAGCACCCAAUCACAGGAGUCUACCCAUGACCAGACCAGAGGGACUGGGGUCCAGGGUCAAGAUAGGAGCCAGACAAGCCAAAUGGUGACAGGAGGACACAUUCAGACAAAGGCAGGGCCACAAACCCAGAGACAUGCACAGGCCACGGACCAGGACAGGAGCCAGACUGCGAGGCAUGUAGUGGAUAGAGAUGAGGGACAGACUCAGAGACAGUCAGGCAGUAGUCACAGAUGGACACAAGUGAGCCACUAUGAGGCAGGAGAGGGGAAGCUGGGAGAACAGGCCCAGUCUGUGGCAAGCACUCUGACAGGCAGACAGGACUGGAGCAGCACUCACCCAAGGUGCAGUGUGACAGGAGGGCAGGGAGAGAGAGAACCCAUAGUGAUUACCCAGGAGUGGGUAGGUGACCACACAAGGGAGAUGGAGAUUCCCAGGCAGGACCAGGGCAGUCUGUGCACUGGUAUACCUACAGCCCAGGGCCAGGAGGCAGCUCAGUCAGAAGGGAAACGAAGCCUCACAGCCAAGGGGCUGUAUUCCUACUUCAAAAGCAACAAGCCAUGAGUGUUCCAGGCCCAGACUCCAAUGCCCAGUACCAGAAGAAAACAGCUGCAGAGGGGUUGACUUGUCCGGCCCUGGCCAGUCCAGUUGGCAUGUCUCUUGACAUCAGCUCUUAAUCAUGGUGUUUCUCUCUUAGGUCUUUCUCAAUGAUAACAUUUCUGCAAGGUGCUUUCUACCCUAAACUCUUUUCUCAUCUGCUCUACUGUGCGAAUACUCUCAUAAACAGGAAGACACAGAGCCAGUCAUCCAUUUGUGCUAAAUUCUCCUCAGUUUGUAGGGGUUUUCAGAGCUACUUUUAUCUCUUCCAUCUGUCCAUUGACCCAUCUAACCUAAAGCAGCAAUAAAACCUUCCUGA